AUGCGUUUCACACGUGCUUUACCAGGUAUCAUGUUAUGGGCUGCAGCCUGCGCGUGUCCGACUCCAAACCAGGAUGCCCGCAACAUCACUUUAGACACCCUCCAGCUGUUGGACCAGGGACGCUGCCUCUUCAGAUCCAUCCUGCCUUCAGAUACAGCUGUGCAGGUACUGGUGUGUGUCUUUGUGGUGAUGACCAUUAUCUCACUUUUGAUCAAUGGGUGCACUCUGUGUAGUCUGGGUAGUUCAGAAGACUUAUCCUGGGAGCCACGCUUUGCCUUGCUGAAAAACCUCAUAGUGAGUGACAUUCUACUCAUUGUCACCCAAGGUCCAACAGUGAUACACUGCCUGCUGCAGAAGACCACGCUGCCGUACGGAGCUUGGUGUGUCACUCAGUUCUUUAUUAACACCGUUUGUGUUUUCUGCACUGUGCUUACUAUCACCUGCAUGGCGCUGGAGCGCUACCUGUACGUGUGUCAGUCCAUCUACUACCUCAGUAUACUAACCACCACACGCCUUCACCUCAUAGUCGGGCUCACGUGGCUUAUUUCAGUGUGUUUAUCGACAAUGAUAACAACUUUGCUCAGUUUAGGGCAUGAUAACUCAUUGCUGGGCAAACCCAUUACAGGACUCCUUUGUGAGCCGGACACCUUGGAGUCCCACCUGGGUUUUCCACGGGCUGCUGCGGUGUUUCGCAAAGUGGUUGGACUCACGGUGACGCUGCUUUGCAUCUUUUCCUACACGUUCUCGUACCUGCGCAUGUAUCAGGAGGCGCGCAACGCCAUUCAGCCUUUCCAGCAGGUCAAUAUAAGGGCACGCAAAACCGUGAUGUUCUACUGCUCAAUGCUGCUGCUUCAGCUGCUCCCCAUCUUCCUGAAGAUAGCCUCGGAUGCUCUGUGGGAACUUGAAGGCAACAUGGCCAUGAUUCGCUCGCUGGAUUAUCCCGGAGACUGGAAGUCAGCGGGGACCCUUCACAUCAUGCUGCUGGUGAUGCUUCAGGUGCCUCCUUGCAUUAAUCCACUCAUUUACGGUCUGCGCAACAGGGAGGUGAGGGAAGCCCUGCCUAGGCUGCUGUGGUGGAGGAGGCUGAACCGUUAAGUGAGCCCGGGAUUAUCUUCUACUGCGAGAUGUUUCAGGGAAUUUUUAGUCUCCUGGCAAAAUUCUGAAGAAACAGAAUGG